AUGAUUUUAAAACUAUUUGUUAUUGUCACAUUCCAAUUUUUAACAGUGGCUGGCUAUAACAUCAGUGAUCUUUGUGGUGGAUGUGAAAAUGGUGGUUCAUGCAACUUGACAGUCUUAGAAUGCAUCUGUCCAACACAAUAUUCAGGGUUUUUAUGUGAAGAUUACUCAUGGAACGACCCAACAGAUACGCAAUUGCAAAGAAGAUCAACUAUAGUGUCCUUAGUCUUUGCCGCAGUCGUCAUGGCCUCUGUGUGUUUCCUGGUGAUCUGUGUCAAUGUCAAACGAAUACAAGAACGACGAGAGGACGCACUUAGACAACAAGAAAUGCGUAACGCUGUACAAGUGGAUGGUCCACCGAUGUUAAGGGUACCGUCGAACAUUCAGAGACAAAUUAAGAAGAAAAACAAAAACAUACAACGGGAAAGCACAGGAUGUUUUGACAUUGCAUUGCCACGUAUUCCCACACGGACGUCAUCGUGGCGGGGGUUGCGUGGAAUUACGACAUCCCCGGCUGUUCUUCAAGGCAGCAAGCCGCCAAGCUAUCGAUACGUUGUUGCAGAAGACAAAUCCAAAUCUGGUGUCACUAUUCAGGGAGACAGUCUGGUUAGUUUACCCCCAGAGUAUGAUGCAGCCAUCGUACAAAAUAAUAGUCAGACAUCGAACCUUACAGCAGAAAACGAUUCCAGUGGCAUAUUCAUGAACAUAGACUCCGUGGAGACGCAAAAUGAAAGGGGCGUCCAACCAACUCUGGGUCGGUCUCUGAGUCAUGAGACAGACAACUCGUCCGUGAUCUUAAUACAUACAAUUGAUGAAAUUGAUGAGAUUGAAGAAGAUGACAAUGAUGACGGAGUUGGUUUUAUGGACGAUUCAAGUCAGUCAAGUCAUGCAUCAGAAGGCAAUCAAUGUGAAACUCAAACAACUAGGUUGUAA